AUGUUUACAAUUACGCUAACCUCCGUCACAAUACUUCCACUACCUCUUCUUAGCACUCAAUUCAUCUGGGAUGGUAACCGCACUGCUUUGUGGAAAUCUAAUGCUGUACCAGUACUAAAAUGCUUCAAUCAAAGCAAUGCCAAAACAAUGGAUUGCCAAGUACUCGAAAAUUGCAUAUGCCUUCCAGCAGAGACAAAGGCAAACUGUAAAUGCAAGGACUUCAAUAACGGAACUGGGUUCAGCAAUAUCUGUAACCAACUGCCUGCAGUUUUGCCAUCUCUUUCGUUUCGUCAAGAUCCACAAACGAAGGUGCAAGCAAUUGUUCCCAGUAUGGUAAUGUCAGAGAUAAUCCUUAACUUUCAUGAUACAAUACAAACACAACUAUUGGUUGACGAUGCAGUAUGCCAAGCCCGGGCUACCGAUUUAACAGGAUGUUAUAAUUGUGCAAAAGGAGCGAUAACAAAAGUUAUUUGUUUCUCUUCUCAAGAUAAUACGCAAGCCGAAGUCACGUGCGAAUCAUCAUCCUUCACGGUGCCAUGCAACACCACAGGGACUUCUUCGGAAUUGCGCUUUACCUUUUCUCAAGCAAGAAUUCUCCUUGUCUGCCAGAUUUCUUGCGGACAAACGGUAACAUCAUUUGAGUUGGGUGGUGUGCUAAAAUUCACUACAUCACCUCAAUGA